AUGCAGAAUGUCACUGAAGUUACCGUGUUUGUGCUGAAGGGUUUCACAGACAAGCCUGAACUGCAGAUUACCUUAUUCUUUUUGUUUCUAGCAAUUUACCUCUUUACUCUGAUAGGAAAUUUAGGACUGGUUGUACUGGUCAUGGGGGAUCCUCGACUUCACAAUCCCAUGUACUAUUUUCUGAGUGUGUUGUCAUCCGUGGACGCCUGCAGUUCCUCAGUUAUUACCCCACAUAUGUUGGUAGAUUUUAUGUCAAAGAGUAAAGUCAUUUCACUCCUUGGAUGUGCAACACAGAUGUUUCUUGCUGUUACUUUUGGGACCACAGAAUGCUUUCUCCUGGCCGCAAUGGCAUACGAUCGCUAUGUAGCAAUCUACAACCCUCUCCUGUAUUCAGUUAGCAUGUCACCCAGAGUCUAUGUGCCACUCAUCAUUGGGAAGGUCUUUUCUACAUGCGGCGCUCACCUAACUGGAUUGUCCAUUUUUCAUGGUACAGUUCUCUUCAUGUAUGUGAGACCAAGUUCCAACUACACUUUGGAUCAUGACAUGAUAGUGUCGAUAGUUUACAUGAUUGUGAUUCCCAUGCUGAAUCCCAUCAUCUACAGUUUAAGAAACAAAGAUGUGAAAGAAGCCAUGAAAAGAGUGCUUAGGAAAAAUUGGCUUAUCAAUAAAGUAUCUUUUUACAGUAAAAAAUAA